UGAUAAAAUAAUCAAAAUUUAAUGUCUAAAAUAGUUAAAACUCUUUCAAGUGAAAGUUAAAAUCCAUAAACAAAAACCUAAAGCAACUAGGAUUAACUUGACCUAAAGAACUACGACUUAUAGAGAAGACUCAAUGUGUGCUAUGGAUCAAUAUACUAUAAGUUUGAGGUUAUUAUAACAACCAAAAAAGAUAACUUUUAUGAAGAGGAAAAAAAACUGAAAAAAUCUGUAAAAAUAAAAUAAAAACCUUUGAUAGACACGUGGAUAAAAAAUAUAAAAACAUAUCAAAAAUAUAAACCCUCCAAUGACUUCACUCCAACACAAACAAGAACUAUAAAUUCACUAAUUUAACCUUUUUAUUUGAGUUUCUCCAAAGUUCUCUCUUUUUCUCUUUUCCUCACUCUCUCUCUCUCUCCUCUAAAUUUGUCCAUUUGUCCCGCCUCUCUUUCACUUGUGUUGUGUGUUCCUGUGUUGUUUUUUCAUCUGCAAAUCUUUUUGGCAUUUUCUAGAACUUAUCAUACAUCAUCAACCUGUAACACCGCUUUUUUUUAAGUUUUCUCUCUCCUUCUUACCUUAAAACUCAAUUUUCUUAAAUACCCAAAUCACUAAAAAUAAAAAAAUUUGAAUCUUUGGAGUUUUAAAGUGUUUCUGGGUGAUUUUCUUAAAUACCCAAAUCACUAAAACUAAAAAAGUUGUAAUCUUUGGAGGUUUUAAGUGUUUCUGGGUAAUUUUGUUCAAGUGGGUAUUUUGAUAAUUUGUUUGUGUUAGUAGUAAUGGCGGGAAAGGAGAAUACUGAUACAAUGUUUUCAAUGGAAGAUGAGAAUGAUUUAGAAAAUAAUAAGAUUGAUGGUAAUGGGUAUGUUCUUAGUUGUAGCAGUGAUGAUGAUAAUGAUGGUGGUAAUUAUGAUGAUGAUGUUGAUAAUGAUGAUGGUGAAACUUUUACUUCUCAAAAUUGGCCUCAGAGUUUCAGAGAGACGACAGACUCUUAUACACUUGCUGCAUCCCCAGGCUUUGCAUUGCUUGGUCGCACUUCCAGCAUGCUUAGCGCACGCAGCAGAAGUAGCCUAGAUAACGAUGGAAAUAAGGCUCCCUUGCUUCCAGAUCAUGGGAGUAAAUACCAGGUAGAAGAUUAUGACAAGUUAUCUAAAGUGUCAUCGAGAGUAUCUGCACUAGGAUCCUUGCAUGAACAUCUUGGUGGGGAACUACCAAUCGGUCAAGGGUGCUCCUUCACUCAAACUGUAUUCAAUGGGUUAAAUGUCAUGGCUGGAGUUGGGCUUCUUUCAACUCCUUAUACAGUAAAAGAAGCUGGCUGGCUGAGUUUGGUAUUCUUAUUCCUCUUUGCAAUAGUAUGUUGUUAUACAGCCUCCCUCAUGAGAUAUUGCUUCGAAAGUAAAGCAGGGAUUACAACUUAUCCAGAUAUUGGUGAAGCUGCAUUUGGGAAAUUUGGGCGUCUAUUCCUAUCAAUUGUGCUGUAUGUGGAGCUAUAUUCAUAUUGUGUAGAAUUCAUUAUUUUGGAGGGGGACAAUCUCACCAGGAUAUUCCCUGGGGCAGCCUUACAGUGGGAUGGUUUUUACCUUGAUUCUACGCAUUUGUUUGCAGUGAUAACUGUCCUUAUUGUUCUACCAACUGUGUGGUUGAAGGAUUUACGUGUAAUUUCUUACCUUUCAGCUGGUGGAGUUAUUGCAACAGUGUUGAUUGUGUUUUGUGUUCUAUUUCUUGGAACGGUGGAUGGGCUUGGCUUUCAUCAUACAGGGAAAUUUGUGAAUUGGAGGGGUAUGCCCUUUGCUAUUGGUGUGUAUGGAUUCUGUUACUCAGGUCAUUCAGUUUUCCCCAACAUUUAUCAAUCGAUGGCGAACAAGAAACAAUUUACAGCUGCACUCAUAAUCAGUUUUUCUUUGUGUGUCAUGAUAUAUGGAAGUGUCGCAGUCAUGGGAUAUUUCAUAUUUGGCGAUGACACACUAUCCCAGAUCACUCUAAACAUGCCAAUGGAUUCUGUGGCUGCUAAUGUUGCACUCUGGACAACUGUGAUUAAUCCAUUUACAAAGUAUGCGUUACUGUUGAACCCUCUAGCUCGAGGUAUAGAAGAGCUGUUGCCUGCCCAUAUUGCUAACAGCAACUGGUGUUUCUUCGUUCUGAGGACAAGUCUUGUUCUUUCCUCACUUUGUGUAGCUUUCAUGGUUCCAUUUUUCGGUCUUGUGAUGGCCUUGAUCGGUUCAUUUCUGAGCAUACUUGUGGGUGUGAUCUUUCCAGCGUUGUGCUUCUUAAAGAUAAUGGAAAAGAAGGCAACAAAAAUGCAGGUGAUAAUAAGCUCUUGCAUUAUUGUACUGGGUGUCGUAGGCGGAGCUUUGGGGACUUAUUCGUCAGUGAGACAGAUUAUUGAGAGUUAUUGAUACAGUGAUAGAGCUAUUGACUCCAAAUUUUGGAUUGCUAGAAGGCAUUGCUUGCUAUCGAUUUGUGUACUCUUAUUUAAGCCCUACCUUAGUUAAUUACAACUAGUGAUGAUUGUUGUAACAUAAUGCUGUAGGAAGUACUAAGAAGUAUUGCAGUAUUUUUUUUGGCACCAUGAAGCUAGAGUUUCCGGUACAUGAAUGCUCUAAUUUAUCUUUC